UCCAACAGCAAGGACCGAAAGGCUCCAAAAGGGAUGAGUUCUGAGAGCUUUAGUUCAGCCUGUAAAAAAUUCCACGCUGUGGGGGCUGCAAAACAGAACGCUUUCUUCCCCACUUCAGUUCUCACACGAGGAACGGCGAGAUGGAGGAUGUCACAAGAUCAUUGAAGAUGAGUGAGGACGCAUACGAGGUGCCAGAAAGGACAGAAUACCGCUACCUGGUGCAAGAGGAAGAUGAAGAAGAAGUGCAGUAUGUACGACACAGACACUACAUCAGUCCCUUCUUGGUGCUGUCCAGACGCUGCAUCGUCCUCAUCUGCCUUGGGGUGCUGACUCUACUGGUGCUGGCCACCUACCUGGGCUAUGUGGCCCAAACACUUCCACCUGGCCUGGCGCAAGUCACAACUGACUGUGGUGACUACAGAGGAAGCCAUAAAAAUGGAGCCUACUCCUUUAAGGGCAUUCCAUAUGCUGCUCCACCAGUUGGUAAUCUUCGCUGGGCACCUCCAGCUGACCCGGUGUGUACGGACAGAGUCACCGAUGCCAGCCGUUUCCGCAGCAUGUGUCCUCAGGUGCGGCCUUUGUCAAGUACAGGCAAGCUGAUGGGCCAAGAGGAUUGCCUCUUCGUCAACGUGUGGACGCCAACGCUGCGGGCCAACUCAAAGUUGCCAGUCAUGGUCUGGAUCCAUGGGGGAUACCUCCACAUGUUGAGUGGUGGAGAACAUGGUUACUCACCCACAGAGAAGCUUGCAGCAGAAACAGAGAUGGUUUAUGUCAGCUUUAACUACAGACUCAAUGCAUUUGGCUUCAUGGCACUGGAGAUACUUCGGGAAGGUUCCCUCAAGAACACCUCAGGAAACUAUGGCUUCAUGGACCAGAUUGCUGCUCUAAAGUGGGUCCAAAGAAACAUCCACGUGUUUGGAGGAGACCCUGGGAAAGUCACCAUCUUUGGACACAGUUCAGGUGGCACAUCUGUGUGGACCCUGAUGAUGUCCCCACUUGCAAAGGGUCUUUUCCAGGCGGCCGUGGAUAUGAGUGGCUCGUACAUCUACAACGCGACGCUGCAACAAGCUGAGUCCGACAAUCUGGUUUUCCUGAAGAACACAGGCUGCAAAGACCUCCGGUGCCUCAGACGUCUAUCUGUUAAACAGAUAUUACAGGCUGUCCCAUGGCAGCAGUACCCUUCAUGGGCUGCAGAUGAAAUGACUGACCUUCCCACCAAAGGGCACUUCUUUGGGCCUGUUGCAGUGGUGGACGGAUAUGUCCUGGAAGCGUCACCCUUUGAGACAUGGGAGAAGAAAGGAGACUAUAAUGAUGUCCCCUUUGUCAUAGGGACCACAGAGCAGGAGGUGGACUUCAGCCCUCCAGCUGAAAACAUCUCCAUGUGGACAUGGGAUGACUACAGCUGGUUUGUGACAGAAAAACUGAAGACUUUUAGUGACGAUCUUCCCAAAGAUGCUCUCGAUCUGUAUCCACGCUCAGACCCCUGCCCCACCAGAGACCGCUGUCCAGAGAGAGCUUACACGACCAUGGUUUCUGACAUCAGAUUCACCUGUCCCAAUCAUGAUCGAGCCCAGAGGGCUGCAGCGGCCCUUCGGAGUCCUGUGUAUCGCUAUGUGGUGACACAUACACCUUCUGGACCAGUCAACACGUCAAACGGUCUUGUUCUUUUUGAUAGCCGCUUUUCUUUCCACUUCUUGGACGCUAUUGCUUUCUUUGGGGAACUGCAGUUCAUAUUAGGGACGGCACCUUCUGAUGAGGACAAGCGUUUCCAGGACGUCGUAACGAGACACCUUGUGCACUUUGCCAAAACAGGUAAAAUGGAAGAGGAGUGGCCAGAAUAUCCAGCAGCCACGGCUUUCCUGUCCAGCAGCCUCCACGUUGUCCGCAACUUUACAUCUGCUCGCUGUCAGUUGUGGAGGGAGAACGGUCUGUAUUCUUAUGCCUGCAUCAACUGAUGACACCUUGCCUCACAGCGACCUUCAUCUUGACUCCAUGUGGUUUUUAAAGGGACAGAAAACAUUUUCCUCUUUUCAACAAUAACAACAUUAACAUUAAAAACAUUGUUUUAGGGUGUACUCACACUGCACCAUUCGUACCCUGAUAAUUACCCCUCCCUUUCCUUGACCCCGCUGGCCGACGUUCACAAACUGUACUUUAUUUGCUGCUACCUGUUGGCCCUCGCUCAUAAACACAUAAUGGACUGUGAGUGUAGCGCGUCGUUCCAGCUACGUACAGUAGGUGGCAUUGUAACUCCCACUUUGUUGCUAUAUUUAGCAAGCAUUCAGACCCCUUAAAAUUGUGACUAAAAAAAGUGACUAAUCUAGUGACUUUUACUGCUUUUAUUGGAGACUAACAUGAAAGCACGUACUGCUUUUGACGACUGCUAUGAGCCCCUCGCCCUAGUUUGCCAUGUUCAUUUGAAGUUGUAAUCAUAUUUGUUUUGCUUUUCAUGUUUUUUGCUCACUUUUUGUCUCCCAGACCGUCCAUGAAAAUGAUGUGCGCAUGCAUCAGGGCCGAUUAUGCAAAUUAGACAACGACGUUAUCCCCGACCCCAAAAAUAGACUACAUUCCUGUGGGAAAGUAUGUGAUCAUUGGUGUUAAAACCCGUAUAUGUACUAUUCUGUGACAUUCCUACAGUUUCUCUGACUUUGUGGAUUAUUUUCAAACACUUCGACCAUUAACGAGGUCUCUGAAAUGACUUAAGGAUCUAGUGUGAAUACCCCCUGUUGCCACAUUCGCCGAGAUCAGUGGUGUCCGAAGUGCGGCCCAGGGGCCAUUUACAGCUCAUGACUGCUUUUUUUAUUGGCCCUUGGCACAUAAAAAAAUACAGUUAAACAAGGAAAUAAAUAAACAUCAUCAAAAGUGGAAAAAAACAGCAGUAAUCUUAGAAGAAUAAAGACAAACUAUUAAGAGAGUAAAGUCAUAAUAUUAAGAGUUAAUAAGUCGCAAGUUGAAAUAUUAAAGGAAAAAGGUUGCAAUGUGAGAAACAAACAAAACAGAAUAACGUUGCAGUUUUAGGAAAAUUUGGUUGGGUAAAUGCCAUAAUGUUAUGAUCGUAAAGUCAAAAUAUUAUGGUCAAUAAAAAAAAAUCACGUAUGAGAAAAAAGAGAAAAGAAAUGGAUUGCACGGGAUGGUGGGAGCGAGGUCUUGCCCCAGGUGGAGGAUUUCGAGUAUCUCCGUGUCUUGUUCUCGAGUGAGCGAAGGCUGGAGCGUGAGAUCAAAAGGUGGGCCGUUAUGGUGAAGAAAGUUUCAAUCUUUUUCUUUUUAACAAUAUUAGCUGGCAAUAUUAUAAUACAAUAAGGAGUGUUUUGCAAAUGAAGUGUGGCGCUGAACAUUAUCAUUCAUCAUCCUUAGCUUACAUGGAGUCUCACAGAUGUUAUUUCUACGCUGCUUAUACUCCAUCACACCACUAAGACACUUUGGUAUACACUUAAGGUUUUUUCCACGCUUAUGUUUUAUUUUUAUUUUUUAUUCUUUACCUUAACAUAAUGUACAGUAGGGAAAAGAAUUACAGUGGAACCUUGGUUAACGUCAUUAAUCCAUUUCGGAAGGCCAGACUCUCACCGAAAUGUACUCUAACUAAAUACAUUUUUCCUAUAAGAAAUAAUGUAAAUCCAAUUAAUCCGUUCCAAACAGCCAAAAAUGUUAACGCAAAACACAUUUUUAUAGUUUUUCAGUUACAGUUUUAUAUGCAAGAAACAAUUCAAAAUGCAUCUAAAUACAGUACAUGUACUGGAAAUGAUGAAUGACAGGAUAAAUGAACAUUUAAGGUUACUUUGACCUUCUUUCAAGACGUGAUUGUUUCCUAAGACACGAUUUGGCAGCGAGAGCAACAGGGCCACCAACGUCCUGUUUUGCUCUGAUUAUUUAUUGAAUUCAAAAGUGUUUCUCACUUCAAGUCUGCUUGUCUUUUGAUCACAGCUGCAAAAUAACACAACGUGGAUCCAAAGAAAGUUGCAACUGGCAGCAUUUUUAUAAAGAAGGUGAGAUACACUAUUUAAGAAAUAACUCAACUCACUGAUCUUGCUGCCCCAUCGUGUCUUUGUCAGCAUGUCAUUGCGUCCUCAAUAAAGGGAAAAGUAACCUUAAAUGUUUAUUUAUUCAUUUCAUUUAUAUGCAUUUAGAAAUUCUAAAACUAUAAAAAAUACGGUUUGUGUUGACAUUUUCGAGACUUGUGGUGUAACUGUGUUAGUGAGCAAAGAACUACAGUCAACCGCCGAUGACAUCAUAGACAGGCGACGGACAUGACUUCCGCUUCCUGCUUCCAUGUAUUAGCAGGCACCUAACAAGGACGUUUUGUGAUAAAAAUACAUUAAAAACACAGUUGGACUCAUACAGUGUACCAAUAAUGCGACAAAACGUUGCGCUAUAUUGUACGCUAACCGGAAAAUGUGCGCAAACCGAGGCUAAAUAUUGAUGUAAAUUUACGUUAACUGAAAAACACGCUAACGGAGGUUCCACUGUACAGUUCUUGUGUCAUGUCGAUUGCAUUGGAGUGAAAUUCAGCUUGUAAGUCCCUGAGUCAAUGGUGUUAUUAGAGAAGUAGUAUGUGUGUUUGGUUUGCUCCUCAAAGAAGAAGGGAAACAGAUACAUGGGUGUGCACUUUUAUAUUGUCUUUCUAACUCACACAUUAUGUAAUGCUGGUAGGAUUACUACCAAAAGUACAGAUCCAGUGCAUGUACUUUUGUGGUUUACCAGUCAUAUUGAAUGCCAGCUUCAGGUAAACGAGAGAACAUUGUGCAGUGGGUGUUGACGUCAUACAAAUGCAAAGGUAUUUUAUUCGUGAGUUGACAUUUAUUGCUAAAGAUGAAGGAUACAUGUUUCAUGUUUUUAUUGUUAUGUACUCUUUUUAGAGAAAUGAAUGAGCCACUAGAUCACAUGUUUGCACUGGAUACUAACCAUGUUAAUUGGCCCAAUCAAUCAAUCGUUUUGCACUUUGUGGGGAAGCAAUGCUAUUGGGCGUGUGAUAUAUCACAUUUACACAAAAAUUGAGGGAAAUCAAAUGUCUCUCUGAAGCUUUGAUUGCCAGAUUAAACGUUGAGAAGAUGUGGUGCACUUUUUCAUUGUCUGUGGAAUCAAUACUGCUGUUUUAAUGAUGUAAAUAAAAAAAAAA